AUGGAAGCAGACGAAGAACUGGGUCUCAAAAACCAGACAUACUUCACCUUGCAGGGGUUCUCGCACCUUGCCACUCUUCAGGUCUUCCUCUUUGAGGGAAUCCUCUUGAUGUUCCUAAUCACAAUGACAGGGAACUUUCUCAUCAUUUUAGUUGCAACCACUGACCCUGCCUUGCAUACCCCCAUGUACUAUUUUCUCAAAAACCUGGCUUUAAUUGAAAUUUGCUUUACAUUAAACAUAGUACCCAAGAUGCUUGUGGAUUUGCUCUUGGAGAGAAAGGUCAUCUCCUUUUCUGCUUGUGCCCUGCAACUUUACUUUGUCAUAUUCUUUGUCACUUCUGAGUGUUUCCUCUUAGGAGCCAUGGCAUACGAUCGAUAUGUGGCUAUAUGCCAUCCCUUGCACUACACCACCACAAUGAACAGAAGAGUGUGUCUUCAUAUGGUCAUAGCAUGCUGGAUUGCUGGUAUUCCACUUUCUGUAGGACUCACUGGCUGGCUGUUUAGCUACCCCUUUUGUGGCUCAAAGGAGAUUAAGCAUUUCUUUUGCGAUAUUGCUCCUGUUCUAGAUCUGGUCUGUUCAGACACAUACUUAUUCGAGCUUCUUGUGUUCAUCGCCACUGUAGUAAUUGUUUUGAUUCCAUUUGUCUUGAUAGCAGCAUCUUACAUCCAGAUAAUCCAUGCCAUCCUCCAAAUGCCAUCUUCUGAAGGAAGGCGCAAGGCUUUCUUCACCUGCAUUGCUCACCUGGUGGUGGUGACGCUGUUCUACUGCACAACUGGCUUGAUACAUUUAAAGCCAAAGUCCAGACUCUUGGUAAAGAGCAGGAAACUGGUGGCUCUUUCUUACACAGUAGUAACUCCUAUGCUGAACCCAAUCAUCUACAGCUUACGAAACAAAGAGGUAAAGCAUGCUCUGAGAAAGACGUUUGGAAAGAGACAGUUCAGCAAGAUGGAUCUGCCCAGAUAG